GGGCUGUCCUCUCGCGCGCGGCGCUGGCCGGGGCGGCGGCGGCGAAGGAGGAGGAGAAAGGCGGCGGUGGCGGCGGCGAAAGAGGAGGGGAGGACGGGGGCGGCGUCGGACUGGAGCCGAGCGGCGGCGCGAGCUGCCCGAGGCGCAGUCGUGAGCUCGCCCGCCGGACCCCGACCCCCGAGCUACACCCUGCCGUGCCCAGCUCUGCCCGCGUCCGUGCCCCCGCGGGGAGCGCGCCGGGGCUGCCCCCCGAAUGACGGGCGGAAGGUUCGACUUCGACGAUGGCGGCACCUACUGCGGCGGCUGGGAGGAGGGCAAGGCGCACGGGCAUGGCAUCUGCACGGGGCCCAAGGGCCAGGGCGAGUACUCUGGCUCCUGGUCGCACGGCUUCGAGGUGGUCGGAGGCUACACCUGGCCCAGCGGCAACACCUACCAGGGCUACUGGGCGCAGGGCAAGAGGCACGGGCUGGGGGUGGAGACGAAGGGCAAGUGGAUGUACCGGGGGGAGUGGUCCCAUGGUUUUAAGGGGCGCUACGGGGUCCGGCAGAGCCUGUGCACCCCCGCCCGCUACGAGGGUACCUGGAGUAACGGGCUGCAGGACGGGUACGGCGUGGAGACCUACGGGGACGGAGGUACCUACCAGGGCCAGUGGGCCGGAGGCAUGCGGCACGGCUACGGCGUGCGCCAGAGCGUGCCCUACGGCAUGGCCACCGUGAUCCGCUCGCCCCUGCGCACUUCCCUGGCUUCGCUGCGCAGUGAGCAGAGCAACGGCAGCGUCCUGCACGACGCCGCGGCCGCCGCCGACAGCCCGGCCGGCACCCGCGGAGGCUUCGUGCUCAAUUUCCACGCAGACGCCGAGCUCUCGGGCAAGAAGAAGGGCGGCCUCUUCCGCAGGGGCUCCCUCCUGGGAAGCAUGAAACUCCGCAAGUCCGAAUCCAAGUCUUCCAUCUCCAGCAAGCGCAGCUCGGUCCGCAGCGACGCGGCCAUGAGUAGAAUUAGCUCCAGCGAUGCCAACUCCACCAUCAGCUUCGGCGACGUCGACUGUGAUUUUUGCCCCGUGGAAGACCACGUGGACGCCACCACCACGGAGACCUACAUGGGCGAGUGGAAGAACGACAAACGCAAUGGUUUCGGCAUCAGCGAGCGCUCCAACGGCAUGAAGUACGAAGGCGAGUGGGCAAAUAACAAGAGGCACGGAUAUGGCUGCACUGUGUUUCCUGAUGGCUCCAAAGAAGAAGGAAAAUACAAAAAUAAUGUUCUGGUCCGUGGAAUAAGGAAGCAGCUUAUACCAAUAAGAAAUACAAAAACUAGGGAGAAGGUGGACAGAGCAAUUGAAGGCGCGCAAAGGGCAGCCGCCAUGGCGAGAACCAAAGUGGAAAUAGCCAACUCAAGGUCUCAGGCUGGGCCCAGAUCAAGAAGAACCCCAGAGACCCACCAAGGGCAAACCGCAGGAGAGUCCAUAUCCUACUCGGGCCCAGGUCAUUGGACCUGCCCUGUGUUUGGGAACAGGGAUGCUAGAAAGACUGGGAUCUUUACUAGACUGAGCUGAGGCAAGAAAUUGUAUUCACAUGUAGUCUGAGACCUUCUAAGACUUCAUUUCUCAUCCAAAAAAUAAGGCGGUUGGCACCUAUCUUGUAGGAGAUUGGGAGAAUUAAAAUCAAGUUCAUGUACAUACCCCUAACACAAUAGGAGCACUUAAUAAAGGCGUAAUAAACUGUUAUUACCAACAAUGGUUAAAUACUUCCACACCGCAUACUGUGAAGAGAAGAAACAGCUCUUGCCCUUAGGGACUCGUAUUCUGGAGCAAGAGAUUGAGGACGAAACCAGCAGGUAAUACAUGGAAAGAGGUGUGAUACAGCCGAAGGCUCCAUACGGUAUACAGGAGCCCAAAAGAGGCUCCUUAACCACCUGGAGGAACUAAGAGACACUUUCAGGAGAACACGUGAAGCAGAGCCUGGAGGGGACAAGGAGUUUCCAGAAGUAGAGAGAAUUUCCAGUUAGAGGGACCCAUAUGGUGAAAAUGUAGAGAAUUAAGAGAUUCAUGUCUUCCCUGUAAAAAUGGAGAUGCUGUCCCCAUUCCUCCUCAUGUAGUGUCAGGGCGUAGAGAAGCAGUGUGUCCAGUUGCUGGUGAAGCACAUACGCCACAUAGCCAGAUAGUCAGCACAACUGCCACAUGGCUUGACCUUUGCAUUUGUCAUACUCCAUCUGCGAAACAGGGCAAGGACGGAGAUAGCUUCUCAGCAGACCACUGUGAGGGUCAAAAAAAGUUAGUAAAAAUGAAGUAGAAAUAAGUGUUAAAUUUUGUAACCAUUUCAACCGGCAUUUCCCAAAUGCCUGCUCCAUGUAAGUCAAGCUCAAUAGCUGCCCUAGGAGAAACCAAAAUGAGAAAGAUACAGCCCCUAUCCUCCAGUAAAUGUGUGACCAAGUGAUAGAGAUGAAUAUGGAAACAAGUAGGAAUGCUGCUUAAGGUUAAGAACUACAUGGAAGUCAGGCAACACAUGAAACAGAUUUAUUUAGGAAGUUCCUGGGGGAAGAAAGUUGGGUGUAGAGCUUUUGUCCAGUGCUCACUUUGGCUUCCUGGAGUGUGAAUCAGGGCAGGUGCAUCCAGGCUCACCGUUUUGGCCCUGUUCCAUUUGCUGUGGCCGACUUUGCCUUGGCUCCUCUCCCGUCCACCUGGACAGGGUUCGGAUACCUCCUCCUAUUAGAACUGAGGCUGGAGGGGUGGCUAAGGUAGGUUUGUGUGAUCUGUUUAAUCAUUCAGCAGCCCAAGAGGUACAGAGGGAGCAGGAGCUGGGGAGCUUUAUCUUCACUGGGGAGAAGUCAGGUUACAGAGACGUCCCCAGGCCCUGAGCUUGGGAGCUCACUCACAGGAUUCCCCUUCCAGCCACUUGUGCUGCUUCUGUGUAGUUGCUGUGGGUUCCAGAGGCUGCAUCAACGCCUACCUUCAAAUGUACUCCUUCAGUUUUUCAGGGUUGUCGCCCCCCCGCAAUCCCCAGGACAGACCAGAGUGAGCCUUGUGCUAUGUUUUGGUAGCCAGGUGUGAGUUCCCUGAGAUGGAGGGGUGCCCUGGUAUGUGUGUCACAAGGGUGUCCCCACUUCUCCAGGGGCUGCUUCCAGUGAGAGAAAGGUGGGUGUCCCCAGAAUUUUCUAAUGAUGGGUUCCAGACAAUUAUAUCUAGCAGAAAUAUCUCACAGGUGGUGGCACUUGCCUGGCACUGUUCCAUAGUCUCACCUCUGAUACAGUGCCCUGUCUUAUGGUCAGUCUGGUCCUGGGAGGAGAGAUGAAGAGCCAACUGUAAUUCAAUUGUGGUUGCCAAAAUUAGGGAAGAAUGAAAGCGAGCUAUAUCACCAAGAAAUUCAGAAGGAAGAAAGGAGAAGCCAUUCAUUUUUAACAUAACAGCCAGAUUUUUGCCCAGAAAGAUUUAGGAAAUUAUUUUGAAAUCUUUCUGCCAUAUGGGCUGGUGGUGAAGUGCACAGACUUGAGAGCCAGAGCAGCUUCAAAUUGUGCCUUUGUCACUUUUUAGCUGAGUGGCUUCAAGCAAUUGACUUUACCUCUCAAAGUCUUAGCUUCCUCAGGGUGUGUUAAAAAUGUACAAUGCAGGUGAUAGACCCUCACGAGGUUAGAAAGUUUGCUGGAUGUAUUGAUGUGUCUUAUGUGUUUGGACCGGUGCUGGACACUUAGGAGCUCCUGUUCCUGUUAUGGGGCACAUUAAGAGAUUUGUGGUGAAGUUGUUGUGUUGCUGCACUAGGUACAUAUAAGGACAGGAAGAUGCCUCUGAGGCAUUAUCAAAGGCUUGUGUGUUUCAGCUAGUAUGUGUGUCCAGGUAGGGAGCUAUGAAACUAGGCUGGCACACAUACGUUCUCAGAAGUAGAGAUUCCCAGCCAAAUUGUGAUACAGUGUGAUUUUCUCCUAAUACAUUGCAUACAAAAAAAUUUAUUAUUUUUUUUUUUUUUUGGUACCGGGGAUCGAACUCGGGUCCUUGCGCUUGCAAGGCAAACUGCAGAACCACUGAGCUAAAUCCCCGGCCCUGCAUAUAAAUUUUUAAAACAAUCCCAGCCUGCAAUUUAUGUGACCACACCUCUAUUUGAAGUUUCUGAAGGCUGCUCCAGGGUGUGUGCAGACUAUGGCUAUAUAGAUUUUUAUAAUGGAGGUUUCCUUUUUAAAACUCAGGCCAGUCUGGUUCACCUCUGCAUGCCAUCUGCUAUGGAUGUUUAAACAGCUUUGAGCUGUGCACCAGUGCCUUUGCCUUCGGUUUGCCUUCCUCAACAGGAUUUGAUUGGACUUCCCUUCUCCACAUGGUUGCCUACUUACACAUCUGCAUUUCUUCCUGUAUUGUUGCAAUCAACCUGUUCAGAAGAAAUAGCCAGAUUUUAAAGUAUGAGGAAAUUUUCUUAUACUUUUUCUCUAUUUGAGCUUUAAAAAGCAAACAGUGAAAUGUCUGCCUUAGGAUUAUUAAAACAUCUUUAGUUUUAUCCUUUCUUAAGUGUGUCCAUUUAUGCCUCAGGGUAAUGACUGAACCAGAUUCUUCCUCCCUGUGCAGUUGGGUAAAUUUGUAAUCUGCACAAUGACACCAGAAGAAUUAAUUUAAAAAUGAGGACCUGGAUGUUAAUAGGCACAGCCCCCUUCUGGGUAGUAUGGCAAGUCAUGGGAGACCAAGGCCAUUUCCCUUUAUUAAUGCACACUGAAAGCUUCUGAGAGUAAACACUCCUGGGUGGUCAGAGGGUUCCCAAAUGAGCAAAAGAUACUCCCAGCUGGGAAAUUACCAUGACUGUGAAACAAGGUGAGGAGUAAGUGACAGGAUAGAAUCCAUUGUGUUUUUCAGGAUCUUUUAAGCACUGGAAGGCCCGGGGAUUUAGCUCAGUGGUUCCUGCACCUGCCUAGCAAGUGCAAGGACCCUAGUUCCAUCCCCGGUACUAAAAAAAAAUCUCAAAGUAAGUACUGGAUAAAGUUUAAAAUGGGAAAGGGAUUUAUCCAUGUGGGAGCAUCAGAAAAGGCUUCAUCUGGGAAGAGGAUUAGACUCAUGAGAAGGAUUUGGGCAGGCAGAAAUGGAGGACAGCUUAUUCUAAGCAAAGCAGAGAGUAUGAGGAAAUAGCAGCACAUUGAGGGACUUGGAACUGUCUUGGAAUAUACCCUGGUGUACCAGAGAAGGUUUGUGGUUAUUAUGCAUUUUUAAAAUAAAUAUCUUUGGUGUCAUCUCCUUUUUUAAAUUAUAGUUUUAAUUACUAUUACUAAUCUGUUAGACUAUCCUGCCAUUCUUGCUAGGCAGCUUUGCAUUAUCACUUCCCUCUGAAGAGGACCGGAUUGCAGCCAGUGGUGUGUCUGUGAUGGAUACAGUCAUUGCUGUGACUGCAGACAGGUUGAGCCACCAUAGUUGAUUCCUUUUAAUCCUGUGCAGAAAUUAAAAUAGGGCUUCACUGAAUAGUCGCUCCAUUUGCUCAGACAUUCUUUCCCUGACCCAAGAGACGUUGAAUUGCUUGUGUGAGCCCUGAGGUCUUAGUGUGGCUGUCUCUCUUUGGACUAGUCAGCUGACAUUGCCCAGAGUUGAUACAGCAGGUCCCUCACCUCACCCACGCCUGUGCUGCCGCUCAUCCAGUCCCUUCACAUCAUAGGUGAGUGCGUCCAUGCUUGCCCAGCAGUAAACUUCAGUAAAAUCUUGUUUCCAUCCACAAAAGAAGUACACGGUUUGAGAGUUACUUUUAUACCAUGUCAGCUCUACACAUUAAAAUAUGUAUUAGCUAAGAUGGCUAAACAAAGAUAUUCAUGUCAUUAUCACUAAAAUUAGGAUUUUAGUGAUUAAAAUCAUUAGGCUUAUCAUUAAAAUUGUGAAAGUCUGGCUUCAUGCCCUCUCUUUAGUAUUUACUAAGGAGGAUGCACAUGUUCUGCAGAGAUUGUCCAAGGGCUUAACUUGGUUUUUGUUUCACCUUGUAAAUAAAGCAUUUUCUUAGCUGUUA